AUUGGCCCUCUGGCCGCCCCCAGGCCCCGCCCACUGACCAAAGACAGCCUAUUUGUCCCCCUUACCGCCUAUAUGACCGUAUACAGCCUACGUGCCCACCUGCAAUCUAAGUGACACCCCGGGCCCCGCCCACCAACCACGAACAGCCUAUUUGUCCCGCUGACCGCCUAUAUGACUACGAACAGCCUAUUAUUUUUUUAUAAUGGGACAGAUCGUAAGUGGAACGUCCAGAUCUUGGCUUCUAGAGAGAUAUCAAGCUGAAAUCUUCGUUCCUGUGCUAGUCUGGACAUGCCCUCCUCGUGGUGUGAUAUUCAAGAAGGUUGGAGAAACUUGAAAAUUCGGUUCAGAAAAACUUACCCACAAAUUAUUACUUAUUAUUAUUACAGGGCAAACAUUUUCUAAAGCACUGAAUCAUCCACUACCCAAAAUGAGCAGCAGUGUGGACAGUGGCGUGGAGGCCCAUGGUGGCAGCAGUAUUGCCACUACGGUGAUAAUAAGCUGUACAGAUACAGACACAACCUCAUCAGGAGAGGAGGGACCUCCAGAUGUUCCACCUCCUCCUCCUCCUCUUUCCCCAGUAGCUCCACCUUCACCUCCACCACCUCUGCUGCUGCCCUCCCCGGAACAUCAUCCUGCUCCUCUGGAAGAGCAUGAAGAAGAUGCAAUUAUUUCGCAAAUGAUGAUGAGGAGGAGGAGGAGGAGCAAGAACAGGAGUGAUUUAAAAAAAAUAAAUAAAUACUUCUUAAUAAAUACCUUUUCAAUCACUUAUUAUGAUGUGACGUGA